AUGAACGCUGCCCGCACCAAGAGCAAAGCAAAUAGGGACGGCAAGCGACGGAAACUGCUGUCCUCAACAGGGAUUAUCUUUAAUGGAGUCGGCGAGAGGUCUGGAACUGGUAGUUGCGUGCGUGGCGAUGGUGUGGGCGAGAUCGUGAUGCUGUGUCCCAAAUACACAAGUAAGAAGCAAUGA